CGGCGCAUUGAGCUUUCGGGAGCUUUUCACCGGUGCGGCAUUUUUCAAUCACGUCGUCUUGUGUUAUUAUUGUUUUUAAUAAUAAAAUUAACAUAAAAAAAAUUAUUCACUCUUAUAUUACACUGAAUACUAACUGAAUUUAAUAGAUAAAUAAUGUAUGGACAAAAGUGUAUGUAGAAUUUAAAAUCGAAGUAUUGCAAACCAGUGAGCCAUGUCUCUCGGCAAGCAACCCGCAGAGCACAUCAAGCGGCCCAUGAACGCGUUCAUGGUAUGGUCGCGCGGCCAGCGAAGGAAGAUGGCGCAAGACAACCCAAAGAUGCACAACUCGGAGAUCUCGAAGCGUCUCGGUGCCGAAUGGAAGCUGCUUACGGAGAUGGAGAAACGACCCUUCAUUGAUGAAGCUAAGAGGUUAAGAGCACUACACAUGAAAGAGCAUCCCGACUACAAAUACCGGCCGCGGAGGAAACCCAAAGCGCUGGUGAAGAAGGAGCCAAAGUUCGGCUUCGGCAUCAGCGGUCUGAUGGCGCCCGUGCCACGUCUCUUGCCUCCCUCCCUUCCGCACCCCGUGCCGCAGCUGCCCGUGCCCCACCACCUGCUGCCCGACAAACCUGACCUAAGCAGGGCGCUGUUUCCGCCGCUGCCGUACCCUUUCUACCCCUUUGCGAAAUUGCCAUCGGAUGAUGGGAAGUUAGCUGCUGAGCUGGCGCAUUUGCAGGCACUGUACGGUGGUGCGCUCUACAGCAGCGCCUUCUACAGCAACGCCCUCUCCCCCUGCGGCUGUCCCCCGCGGAGGUCGCCCUCUCCUCCCCCGGACGUCAAGCGUCCCGUCGCCUACGUCCUCAUGAAGAGCGACGAAGAACCGCCCCAACACGUUAUAUGAAGGCCAGUGCCGCUCCCGGCCCGGCCGCUGCCGCACUGGGAGCGUCCCUCCACUUCCAUGCAGGAGAGAGACAGCCCUGACAGUGUAUAAGGUGAGGAAAUUGAGACAUCGAUUUUUCUCAGGACAUUAAUGGUGUACUCAAGGGAAGAGACAACCCUAAUUGUGUGAGAAAACCAUAGCAAUUUUCACAGAAG